GAGCCUGAGUGAGCCGCUGGUCAACAGAGAGCUCCCACUCGAUUGGUCAGUCGAAGCUCGCGUUCAUUCAAUAUUUCUAGCAAAGAUCUUCGUCAGGGACUGACAACUUCUGAACACCAAAAGCAAAAGAAGCCUGAGAUUGUGUAGAAAAUCUAGAGCAUUUGUAAUUUUAAAAAGAAAAUGGCAAAGGUAAACUUGAGUGUAGUGGCUCUGGGGGUCACGCUGCUCCUAUUAGCUGAGACAUGGGCCCAGAAUCCUAAGAAGAGACUGGCACCUGCAAAGCCGGCCAAGGGUCAGUGCUGCGACGAGGUGCGCUCCCUCAAGGUUCAGGUGGCCAAUCUGACCAGCCUCCUCGAGGAGGUGAGUCGCAAGCAGGAGACAGACUUGAUGAGCGUCGUGAGGCAAAUAAUGGAGCUGGACAAGCAGAACCGGCAGCAGGAAGCUCGGGUCACGGAGGCAGAGAGCAAGUACUCAGAGAUCAACAACCGUGUGGAGAUCAUGCAGCUGCAAACCCUACAUUCUGCCCCUCAGAGCUCAUCAGAUGCCAUAUAUGACUGUGCAUCGCUCUACAGCAAGAACUACAAGAUCUCUGGCGAGUACAAACUGCCUAAAGAUGACUUCCUGGGAACACCUGAGCUGAGCGUCUUCUGCGAUAUGGAUACGAACGGAGGAGGCUGGACUCUAAUCCAAAGGCGCAAAGUCGGCCUGACAUCAUUCAACCGUGACUGGAAGCAGUACAAAAGUGGAUUCGGAUCCAUCCGUGGAGACUUCUGGCUGGGCAACGACCACAUCUUCCGCCUAACAAGGCAGCCCACUGUGCUCAGGAUUGAGAUGGAGGACUGGGAAGGACAGACACGCUACGCUGAGUACGGCUUUUUCACUGUGGGUAAUGAGCUCAACAGCUACAAGCUCUUCCUUGCCAACUACAGCGGGAGCGCUGGCGAUUCCCUGCGCUACCACAACAACACCAACUUCAGCACCAUCAACAAGGACAAUGACAAAUGUGUGGACGACUGCGCUUCCCUGCGCAAAGGUGGUUACUGGUACAACUGCUGCACUGACUCAAACUUGAACGGCGUUUUUUACCGCUACGGUGAGCACACGAAGAACACAGAUGGGAUCACUUGGUACGGCUGGCACGGGCCCAACUACUCCCUCAAGAAAGUGGAGAUGAAGGUCCGGCCUGUUGGUUUUCAACCAUAAGAUCCUUCCACCGAGUCUCCUGGAUCCUGAUAAUGAACGCGAAUGCUGAGAGAUUUCACUCAUACCUGUUCAACCGAAUCGUAGCUUUCCCUCGACUGCGAAAGGAAUGAAAAUUGUUGUUUGUGAUGGUCUGGUUAAGUUUCAGUCAGAUGAAUGUGUAAUGUGUCUGCCGUGUUUGAUUGUAAAUUGUAGUUCGUUUUGUGUAUUUAUCAGUAAAUAUAUUUUUAUUUUUUAAAAAGCUUUGAUAGAUGCUCUUUACCACUGUCCCAUAUGGGUAACUAGAUUUUGAUUCCUUCUCUCAUUUGUCUUGAAAGCACUAGGAUGUAUUUUUUAGUUAACACAAGCUGUUUAUGGGUAGAGGCAAGAAGCAGCCCAGACUGGUCUGGUUCGGGAUUAAAUCAUUAAGGACUGGUAGGAACUAAUUAAUCUAAAGGAUCUUUGUGAGUUGCUGGAAUGGGACCAAACACCAAAAGGUAUUUUCUAUGAAUUACGCUGCAUUUUAUUGUAAAAUCCUAACCAUUGAUGAUGGAAAUGUGUAAUUUGUAAAAUGUGUACAGGUCUGUAAUUAUGUUGUUUUA